AUGUUAUAUUUUUAUAUAAAAAGAAAUUAUUGUCAAUUAAAUCGUAUUAUAAAUUAUACUCUAUUGUCAAGAUAUUUAUCUUCAACAAAUAAUCUAAUAAAUCAUAAUGAGAUUCGUAUAUGGAGUCAUUCAUUACGUGAACUUCUUUAUCAUGGUAAACCAGAAGAAGUUCUUAAACAAUAUCAUAAUCGACAACUAUCAUUAUGUCAUUUAUCUGUACAAAUAUAUUGUAUACUUUUUAAAGCAUAUACAUUAACUAAAAAUUGGUCUGAAGGUCAUCAAUUAUAUACACAAAUUCGAACGAAUAAAAAAUUUUUUAAUGAUCAACGAUUACAAAUCGCAACCGAAAAGAUUCUCUCAGACUUAAUAGCAUCAUUAUCACUAUCAAUAAAUCCACAUCAUAUUGAUCCAACAGCAUUUUCUAUACUUAUGACUGGAUAUAAUCUUCAUCAUCAACCAGAAAAAACUUUAAUCAUAUUUGAUCGUGUUCAAUAUCCUGAUGCUAUUUCUUAUUUGCUUGUAUUUCAAGCAUGUUCACAAUUAAAAGAUCUACAACAAGGAAAACGAUUAGUUAAUAAAUUAGCACAAUCAAAUAUAGAUCUUCGAAAACAAUUUAAAUUACAAACUGCAUUAUUUGAUAUGUAUGGCAAAUGUGGUGAUGUAUCAAAUGCGGAAAAUAUUUUUGAAACAAUUGAAAAUCCAACUAUUGUUCAUUAUAAUUCUUUAUUAAAAGUCUAUAAUAAUAAAAAAAUGUAUGAAAAAGCAUUUCAAUUGUAUGAUAAAUUAAAACAAAAUCAAAAGAAUCUUAAACCUGAUCAAAUCACUUUUACUUGCAUUUUAUAUUCCACUGCUAAAAUGAUGUAUCUUGAUCGAUGUCAAGAAAUUCUAAAUGAUUUAAAUUCUAGUACAAUUCAUCUUAACAAUCAUCCUAUUCUUCAAAUCAAUCUUAUCAAUGCAUUAGGCAAAUGUGGUGAUAUCAUUACUGCUCAAAAAAUCUUCGAUCAGAUUACUCAAGAACGUACUACUGGUAUUUAUAAUGCUUUGAUGAAAGGUUAUAUCUAUGCUCAAAAACCAUUAAUUGCACUUUCAAUUUUUGAUAAAAUACCAAAACUUGAUGCAAUAUCUUAUUUAAUUGCAAUUAAUGCAUGUGCUCAAAUUGCUAUGUUACGACGAGCUCGAAUUUUAUAUGAACAAAUUUUAUGUCAUUUUCCAUCUUAUAAAGAAGAUAUUCGCAUAAUGAAUGCUCUUAUUGAUAUGUUUGGAAAAUGUGCUGAUGUUACCACAGCUCAACAUCUAUUUGAUUCAAUUGAAAAUAAACAUAUCAUUUCAUACAAUGCUCUGAUAAAUGCAUACGGUCUUAACGGAAAUGGUGUAAAAGCUUUAGAAAUUUAUAAUUCACUAUUAACUCCUAAUGAACAAACUUAUGCAAUUAUUGUUAAUGCUUGUUCACAUUCGUUAUUGGUUAAUGAAGCUGAACAAAUCUUUGACUCGAUACCAAUGAAAUGUCGAAAUGUUUUUAUUUAUGCUACUAUGAUUGAUGCACUUUGUCGCGCUUCAAAAAUGAAUCAAGCUCAAAAUCUACUUGCUGAAUAUGAACAAACUAAUAAUAAAUAUCCAUCGAUGUAUAUAACAUUAUUAACAGCUUAUGCUCGUCUUCAAAAUAUUAAUAAAGUGAUUGAAAUACGUAAUCUUAUUGAACAAUAUUUUCCAGAUAAUUUUCAUUACAUAUCAUCAGCAACAAUACUUUUAGCUAAUACUCAUGCUUUUCUCGGUAACAUGACUGAAGCUCGACGUUUACGUACGCUUGCAGCUGAAAAAAAUAAACUUAGUGGAAUAUCAAAAUUACCAGGAAUAUCAUGGACAGAAACAUAUGAUGGUCAAAUACAUGAAUUUAUUGCUCAUGAUAAACGUCAUGAACGAACAGAAGAUAUUUAUGAAGAAUUAAAACAUAUUUCUGAUAAACUUAAUAAAGAUGGUCAUAUAAGUGAUCAACGAUGGAUAACAUCGGAUCAUUAUUUGAAUGAAUCAAAUGAUCCAUUAAAUAGUCAUAGUGAACGUUUAGCACUUGCUUAUCAAUUAUUACUUCGACGAACAAUAUCAAGCAAUGAACCAAUACAAAUUACAAAAAAUCUUCGAAUAUGUGGAGAUUGUCAUGAAAUUUUCAAACGCAUUACUCAUAUUUAUCAAGGGCUCAUUAUAUUAGCACGCGAUAGGACACGACAUCAUAAAUUUCAAAAAGGAAAAUGUUCUUGUAAUGAUUAUUUUUGA